CCCGGGGCUGUUCGGGCACAGGAGGCCGGCCCGGCCCCGCCGUGACCUGGAAGGGAAGCGGCGUCACCGGGAUCGACUUCCCGGGGCCGGGGGGAACAGGCGGGGCCGGGAUGGAGCGGGCGGGCGGCAGGCUGUAGCUGAUGCCCAGGCCCCCCUGGAAUGAUGCCAUCCAGGACCAAUCUCUCGGCUGGGAUCCCCAGCAGCAAAGUGAAAUAUUCCAAACUCGCCAGCACCGAUGAUGGAUACAUUGACCUGCAGUUCAAGAAGAGCCCACCCAAAAUCCCCUACAAGGCCAUCGCGCUGGCCGUGGUGCUCUUCAUGAUCGGGACCUUCCUCAUCAUCAUCGGGGCCCUGCUGCUGGCAGGGUACAUCAGCAAAGGGGAGACCGAGCGCGCCAUCCCGGUGCUCAUCAUCGGCAUCCUGGUGUUCCUGCCCGGCUUCUACCACCUGCGCAUCGCCUACUACGCCUCCAAGGGCUACCGGGGCUACUCCUACGACGACAUCCCCGACUUCGACGACUGAGCUCUUCAUUAACCCCGCGCUAAUUAGGCUGCUCACAGCUGAUAAUUUGCUGUGCAGACCUGCCCAGUGAAGAGAAGUUCUGUGACCAAACCCCUCUGAUUGCUUUGCUGAUGUGCAUUCAGGGAAAACAGAGAUGGCUCCACUUCUGUGAGGUCAGGCCAGGCCUGGACGAGGAGCAGCGAUGCAAGUGGGUGCACUGGACAUGAGUAAAGUUCUGUGUUCUCUGA